ACAUCAUCACUCCUUUUCCCUCUCUCUCCCUCCCUCUCCAACAGGAAAAAAAAAACACUACAAGCAAACCACAAGCAAGACUCCUAAACAGAAUCUUUCCAAAAAUAAAAAGCAUGGCGUUCCUCCAAUCUCCAAACCAAAAACAAACACCUAAACGCCUUAAAAAAAGACUGACAGAAGAUCAAGUGAGGCUAUUAGAAUCUCACUUCAACUAUGAGAUGAAACUCGAGCCAGAUAGGAAAAUCCAGCUCGCUCGCGAACUAGGUUUGCAACCAAGACAAGUUGCGAUUUGGUAUCAAAACAAGAGAGCCCGGUGGAAGAACCAGACUCUUGAACUAGACUACAAGGCACUUCAACUAAGACUAGAUAGUGUUGCAGCUGAAAAGAGAAGGUUGGAGAGAGAAGUAGGAAGACUCCGCGGGGAGUUACAGAAGGCACAAGAUACAAUAAUUCAGUUUAACCCAAUAGAGUUACCUCCUUCUACGAACCAAAGUUUGCAAGAAGAGGUAACUUGUACAUGGGAGAAUGUUGGGCAGUUACAAGUAGAUGACCUGUUUGCUUGUCUCAUGGGUGCAAAGGUUCCAAAGCUGCAAAACUGAAAUAGUAAAACAGGGGCGACCUUAAAGGCAAAAAGGGAUUAUGUAAAUACUAAAUACAAUCAAAGGUCUUGUGUGCUGUUAUCUUAAAUCUUGUUUGUAUUACAGAGAGAACUGCUAGAAUUAUAUGAAGUGCCACAAAAAGUAUCAGCUGUCAGGUUGAAUAUAUAUCCUAUUGUCGCCGAAGGACUUUAAUAUCUCGAGGACACAGCAGAAUGGGCAUAAGGACACCAUAGAAAAUUACAGAAUAUAUUCCAGUUCUACAAGACAAGAGAGCCUGGUGGAUUCAAACCUAAGAGCAUUCUUCUUGUGGAAUUGAAACAGGAUUUAAUGAUUCAAUGUAAUACUACUGCAUGCGUUCAAAAAGAAAUCUAGAGCGGAUAACAUAAACAACGAACUAUGAAAUAUAUUUGUCAUCUGGAAUGGUUGAAGUGAUUAUUAAGGGUUCUACAUUUAUUUACUUACUGGA